GACAGAAGGCAUGCUGAAGAGGUGGUUCAAUGAAUGAAGAUUCUUCAAAAAGGAGUCUUGGAAAGAGCCAAAAGAGCAAGUUUGGUCAGCCAAGAAAAGCUUCAAGUACAUGAUGGCCUGACAAGGGAUAGGAUUCAGUUGCUUGAUUUGUGGAUACGGCCAGCACUUUCUGGCCGUGGAAGGAAGGUCUCUGGAACACUGGUAGCCCAUGUCAAUGGUUUUCAGUAUACCGUUUCUAAAUCUGAAAAGGUUGAUAUUAUGUUUGGCAAUAUAAAACAUGCCUUCUUUCAGCCAGCUGAGCGAGACAUGAUCACACUUCUUCACUUCCAUUUAUACAAUGAAAUAAUGGUGGGCAAGAAGAAGACUAGAGAUGUUCAGUUCUACAUUGAAGUGAUGGAUGCUGUCGAUUCAAUUGGUCUAAAGCGCCGAUCAGUAUGGGAUCCUGAUGAAAUUGAAGAAGAGCAACGUGAACGGGCACGGAGGAGGGAGAUAAAUAGACAGUUUGAGCCUUUUGUGAGAAGGGUUGAUUCCAUUUGGACCAAGCCCAGGUUUAACCAGCAUGCCUUACAGUUUGAAACACCACUGCAAAAGCUUGGUUUCAAUGGAGUACAUGGCAGAACGACUUGUUUUAUUGCCCCUUCUCCAAGUUGUCUGGUUCAGCUUAUUGAUGCACCGUUCCUCGUGACAUCCUUGAGGGAGGUUGACAUUGUAUGCCUGGAAAGGGUGGCGCUUGGGCAGAAAUCCUUUGACAUGGUAUUUGUGUUUCAUGAUUACACGAGGGAUGUCGUUCGCAUAGAAGUCAUUCCAAUGACUGAUCUAGAUAAGAUCAAAGACUGGCUCAACGAUUGCAGCCUGAAGUACUAUGAGUCCAAGCUGAACCUUAACUGGCGCAAGGUCCUUAAGACGAUGAUGAAUGAUCAAGAGUCAGAAACGAACGAUAGGUGGGAAUUCUUGAAUCCGGAUGCCAGCGACUCUGGUUCAGAGAGUUCGGAGACAGAAGACGACCAGUAUGAACCUUCUGAUUUGGAGACCGGGUCUGAAUCAAAUGAUGAGGGGAGCGAUGAUGAAUCAGUGGUUAUCUCUGGUGAUGAUGAUGGUGGCUUAGAUGAAGAUGACGGUGGUGAGUCAUGGGAUGAGAUGGAGCGCAAGGCAAAGGAUGCUGACGCAGAGAUGGGCAGUGAGUCGGACAGCGAGGACGAGAGGCAGCGGAGGAGGGAGAAAGCAAAGGCCAAGUCUCGCCAUCCUAGUGGUGCCCCGCAGAAGAGGCAGCGACUGAACUGAUGGGUAGUUGUAGGAUCAUGUUAUCAGCAAUCCAGUUCUUCUGAGAUUGUAUUUGAACAAUUCUCAGUGUAUCAGUAGAACUUUGCAGCGUGUUUUAAAUUGAUUACUCACGUGGAGUUACUGUUAGUUUUAUUCUAAACUUUUUUCCUGAUUUUACACCAAUUUCUAAUUUUGAUGCUUGGAAAUAAUUUUUACCAUUUCUGCCUUUUGUUGUCUUAAUAAUAAAGAGCUCGCCUCACAUUAUUUUGCUUA